UUCACGGAAUCCGCUGUCGCUCUAAAACCUGCUUUCAGCGGCCGAGUUCCGGCGUCAUUCUGGAAAUGACCGGCCGCGCGCUGUCCCGUGAGCGCGGAGAGAGGCGGGAUCUAUCGGGGUGACGGGGCCGCACGCGAGGGCCGAGGGCACCGGCGACUUUUUCCACUCAAGUUUUAUUUUCACUAACUUGGCGCGAUCCAUUCACCGGGUUCCGCUGUUGCGACAGAUUCGGGUGAAUUAUCAUCUUAACUGGGCUCGUGUGGUGAGAGCGAUCGCGAAGAAUCCGCUCCGGCUGGAUUAUGUGCGUGUUUUUGUUUUUUUGUUUUUCCUUUUUAUUUAACGUUAGGUGUGGAGUGAUUUGGGAUAGUACGACCGCUUGACGACUUCAAGUUUAUUUGGGAAGAAACUUUUUUUUUCACAUCGAAGGAAAUAACGCGGGGAAUCUAAUAUUUCUGUCACUUUUAUUUUGGAUUUGUGGCACGUUGUGAAUUGUACGAUCGAACUAAACCGAGAACUUUCCACCCAACCCUUCUCUUUCGUAUGUAACCUAGUGUGUGAUCCAGCAGCCGGCUGUUCAUGCAAACAGGUGUUGACGACUAAAACGGCUUGAUUUUUAGUUUCAGCAGUAGUGAGACAUUUCUGCCCAUAAUUGUAUGCUUUGCUAAACCUCUGUUGAAGCCCCUUUUCUGACCCCUGUGGCCGGGCGCGAGUUAGCUAGCUAGGCUAACCGUCCCGUAAAAGCGGUGCUUACAGGCGAUUGGUCAGCAGUUAUCAUGGCCUCGUCUUCAGUGAAGGUGGCAGUCCGCGUGCGGCCCUUCAACAACCGCGAGACAAACUGUGGAGCCAAGUGUGUGAUACAGAUGCAGGACAAGUCCACCUGCAUUGCCAACCCCAAGCAGCCCAAAGAUACUCCCAAGAGCUUCACUUUUGACUACUCAUAUUGGUCACACAGCACGGAGGAGGACCCAUCCUUCACCUCCCAGAGGCAGGUCUACCUGGACAUCGGAGAGGAGAUGCUGCUGCAUGCCUUCGAGGGCUACAACGUGUGCAUCUUCGCUUACGGCCAGACCGGAGCCGGCAAGUCCUACACCAUGAUGGGCAAGCAGGAGCCCAACCAGCAGGGAAUCAUACCACAGCUUUGUGAAGACUUGUUCAGACGAACUGCAGAAAAUACUGACCCCGACCUGUCCUUCUCUGUGGAGGUCUCAUACAUGGAGAUCUACUGUGAGCGUGUGAGGGAUCUGCUGAAUCCCAAGUGCAGAGGGCCCCUGCGGGUCCGAGAACACCCCAUCAUGGGCCCGUACGUAGAAGACCUGUCCAAGAUGGCUGUCACCGACUACAGCGACAUUGCCGAUCUAAUGGACUGUGGAAACAAGGCCAGGACAGUAGCUGCUACAAAUAUGAAUGAGACCAGCAGUCGCUCUCAUGCAGUGUUCACCAUCCUCUUCACCCAGCACCGUCAUGACCAGAUGACUAACCUGGACACAGAGAAGGUGAGCAAGAUCAGCCUGGUUGACCUGGCAGGAAGUGAAAGAGCAGAUUCUUCCGGAGCAAAGGGAAUGAGGCUAAAGGAAGGUGCCAAUAUAAACAAGUCUUUGACAACACUGGGUAAAGUCAUCUCAGCACUGGCAGACAUGCAAAGCACCAAGAAAAGGAAGUCUGACUUCAUUCCCUACAGAGACUCUGUACUGACCUGGCUACUGAGAGAGAACCUGGGUGGGAAUUCACGCACAGCCAUGAUUGCUGCCCUGAGCCCAGCAGACAUCAACUAUGAGGAAACGCUUAGUACACUCAGGUACGCAGACCGUGCAAAGCAGAUUCGCUGUAAUGCCGUCAUUAAUGAAGAUCCCAAUGCUCGACUGGUUCGAGAGCUGAAAGAGGAAGUGAAACGCCUCAAAGAACUGCUGCUCUCACAGGGCCUCAGUGAGCUUAUUAUUGCUACAGGUGUAUCCCAGCAUCCCCUUCUUCCUGAGCCCCAGAUUGUUAGUGAUACUCCAAUGGAAGACUUGGGUCCAAGCAGCCCAAAGAACCCCAUCAGCAAAGAGGAGGCAGUGGAGAGACUGAAGGAGACUGAGAAGAUCAUUGCUGAGAUGAAUGAGACGUGGGAGGAAAAACUGCACAAGACUGAAGCCAUCCGGCAGGAGAGAGAGUCCCUGCUGGCAGAGAUGGGGGUGUCUAUAAGAGAAGAUGGCGGCACCGUCGGAGUGUUCUCCCCCAAAAAAACUCCCCAUCUGGUGAAUUUGAAUGAAGACCCUCUAAUGUCUGAGUGCCUACUGUAUUACAUUAAAGACGGAAUAACUAGGGUUGGACAGGAGGAUGUAGAUAUUCGACUAAGUGGUCAGUUUAUAAAGGAGCUGCACUGUGUUUUCUGUAGUGAAGUAGAGGACAAUGGAGAGGUGGUCGUCACUCUGGAGCCGCUAGUCGGAGCAGAGACGUAUGUCAAUGGGAAGCAGAUCACAGAAGGCGUCGUGCUCAAACAAGGUAACCGCAUUGUGAUGGGGAAGAACCACGUGUUCCGUUUUAACCACCCCGAGCAGGCGCGGCUGGAGAGGGAGCGCAACGCAGCCCAGGACCAGCAGGGGGAGCCGGUGGACUGGAGCUAUGCACAGAAAGAGUUGCUUGAGAAGCAAGGCAUCGACAUCAAACAGGAGAUGGAGAGAAGGCUGCAAGAUUUGGAAAAUCAGUAUCGCAAGGAGAAAGAAGAGGCUGACCAGCUGCUGGAACAGCAGAGACUGUAUGCAGACUCUGACAGUGGUGAUGACUCUGAUAAACGUUCCUGUGAGGAGAGUUGGAGGCUCAUCACUUCCCUCCGAGAGAAACUACCAGCCAACAAGGUGCAGUCUAUAGUGAAGAAGUGCGGUUUGCCGAGCAGCGGGAAGCGCCGGGAGCCUCUGCGUGUCUAUCAGAUCCCACAGCGACGGCGUCUUCCUGCAGGCCUCGGAGCCAAACCUCACCCCAGCUUGGACGACCUCCGCACACAGGCCAUCAAAGAGAUCUGCUACGAGGUGGCACUGGGAGACUUCCGGCACACGCGGCAGGAGAUUGAGGCUCUGGCCAUCGUGCGGAUGAAGGACCUGUGCAGGACGUAUGGGCUGCGUGACCCGCAGGAGCGGGACAGCUGGCGCAGCGUGGCCAGGGAUGUGUGCAACACGGUGGGCAUCGGCGACGACGAGGGCGACCGAGAAAGGAGGGCGGAGCCGGACGACAAAGAGGCCCCGCCUACGGCAGGAGGGAGGGAGAAGGUCACGGUGGGAGGGAGAGCGGAUAUGGGUGAGCUGAAAGCGCACAUCGACAAGCUGACGGACAUUUUACAGGAGGUGAAGAUCCAGAACAACAUGAAGGAUGAGGAGAUCAGGGCACUCAGAGGCCGCAUGGCGAAGAUGGAGAAAGUGUUUCCAGUAGGACUGCAGGGAGAUGAAGACGACUCCAUGGCAGACGUGAGCGGAGCUAGAGGCGAAGAUGUGGUGGGCCAAAGUAGUUGGUAUGGUGAGGACGACUCUGGGUAUCGUCGAGGUCGCCACAGGUGGCAGUACCCUGACAAGUUCCAAGACCCUAAGCGCCGCCGGGACAUGGGCUCCCAGUCCGACAGCACCCCCUACACCCCUCCAGCGGGACGCCCUCAAAACCCAUUCAGCGCUGGCACAGGGCGCCUUCAGAACAACUUCUCCACGCAGCCGUCCACGCGUAACUCCAACGGCCUGUUCCUUCCAGGGACGGGUCGCUUCCUGCCCCCCCUGGAGAGAAAGCUGCUAUUCCCUUUUAAGGGCAACCCCCAGCACAGGGGCUUCCACUGGGGUCCUUCGGCCAAUCAGAGGGAAGGUGCGGACACGCAGGAUGGGAAGGAUUCUUCUUCCUUUGACGGGGGCUCCGUGCACACCUUUCAGUCCCCACCUUUGAACAAGGGCCAAUGGGCCAACAGCCACCACCAGCAACGCCGCAAUCAUGGCAACAGAGGCCACAGCAACCGUGGUAACCGGCAGCGAUCACGGAACCGAGGACGGAAUCCAUUUGACGGGUAUGUACAGCACGAGCCAAACGUGAACGCUGACUGGAAAGAUGGCGGAAUGGGCCAAGUGGAGCAAAAUCAUGGGAGGGAAAGGUAUAUUUGGUGCAGUCCAAACUCAAGCUCAGGGCAAGAAGACAACCACUGCCAACAGAACCAGCACCUGAACCAGCAGCAGGGCAAACAGGGGUUCCACAAACAGCAUAGCCAACAACCAGGUUAUUAUCUGCCCCCCCACCGUCAGCCCAGCCCCACUGAGAAGACCCAAAAGGCUUCAGGAUCCAGCCCUAAUACCCCACUCACCCAAGAGGAGCACACCACACCUAUGGAAACCUGAUUGGCUCUUUUGACUGAGAUGGCAACCAAUGGCAAUGAAAGUGGAAUGGAGGGUCUGAUGAAGUUAAUUGGAAAGUUUAGAUGUUUUUGACUUUGACUGCUUGUGCAGUGGUGACACUUUGUAGGAAACUGGAAUGUGUCAGGAUGGUCAAAAAAGGCUCAUGGUAGCCACUUCAACCAUCCCCAAACACAUCCAGUAUUAUCUGAAAUAUGCUGGAAGCUAUUAUUGUUUGAUGUAAUGCACCUCAUAUUACCCUGGGGAAACACACACACAUACUCUACACGUGCUUUUCACACCAAUGCAGUCUCUUAGCACCAAGGUGUGAGUGUUGAGAGCGCAGUGAGCUUGAAGCAGUUUGCACUCUGGUUUCUCGCGAGGAUAUUUUACACAGGAACUCUUUUAGUGCAAUGACUCAGACUGUGAUUUUAUACCAGCAAAGCGCCCGUGUGGCUUUGUCCAUUUGGGCACCUGAGAAUCAUGUUUUCGGGCUGCACAUUUUGGGAGUCUUUACCUCAACUCCGUCUGUCGAGCUGUACUCCGUGCCUUAGGACAACUUCAUAUGCCUGGAAUCCUUCUGAACUUUUUAUACAUGUUGUCGUCACGUAUUGUAUAUUGAUUGUGUUUACAUGCGUUACGUUUACUGUGUAUAAUUGGCCCUGUUUGUACAUGGGAGAGAAGGGGCCUGCAGAUGGGAUUGUUGGUGCCUCGCUAUCAUGCGCAUUGUGGUAAUUUUAGAAGAUCGUUUCUUUCCAAAUGUGUAUAUUUGGAAACAGCUGCUGCAUAUCAUUGAUAAUUCUACCUUGUGUCUGCUGAAGAGCAUUGAAAGUGAUACCAAAGAGUUACCAGCUCCUGAGCACCUGCGCCCAUGGUGCUGUCAUUUCGACAUGCAUGUGGACAUGACACCCAAAGGGCGAUCAUUGUUAAGUCCUUAUUUUCUCCUGUUUCUUUUUUUUUUUUUUGUCUAACCAUCACUGUAUUCCUAUUCCUUUGAGACAGGUUUGAACUGUCUCUCCCCUUUAUAGGUGUAGUGAUUGACCAAUUUAGAUUGGGAACGUCACUAAUGAGUAAAGUCUAAAAAGACAAACCCCUUUAUUUACUUUGUUUUAUUGUAAAAACCUUUUUUUUUUUUUUUUUUUUACUUGUGGCUGUUUUAGUCACAUGCAAGUGCUCUUGUGGCAGUGACAUGCAACUGAAAAAAACAUUUGGCAAUUAAAACACUAUAUUAUCUUGCCUGACUAA